AUGCCGACAGAUCCCCACGGCCAAGCACACACCGGCACCUAUGGCCUCUUCGAUGACCCGGAUGAGCUCGCGCAAGCCACUUCACGCGAAGAAGCCCACGAGAUCCAGCGACUUGAAGGUCAGGUCCGACGGCAAAAACGCCGCGAUAGACGUCUAGACCGUAAAGACGAGAAGGCGGCGAAACGAGUAGCUGCGGGAAAAGAGUCAAAGUCGAGAAUUACAUCUUUGUUUGGUAGAUUUUUCAGAGUCAAGAGUUCUGAGGGUAUCCACGAGCCUGCGCAGCCGGUGGACAGUGAUGACGAGGAUAGACAGGUGAAGAAGAGUAGCGGAAGACCCGAAUACAUGAUCGUAAGGAGAUCAGUGACACCAAAAAAGGUUUACCAUGUUGAGGACGUUGAUACAUCGGUGAAUAGCCUGUGGUUGAGCGAGUGUGGUAUGGUCAAAGUUAAGAGCGACGACGUUGGUGGUUAUCACAUCGUGUCCAAGACUGAUAUCGAGAAGAGCGACUAA